CGCCGAGGAUGCCCGCGACGCUUGCCUGCCUGCUGAGCUAGCCCAGAGCAGGAUGUAGCGAGCGAGCGAGCGAGCUGGCCGACCGAUGCCCUCGCCGCCCCCCGGAACCCCACGGCGCCUCCUUUCUCCGGGAUCGUGGCAAGAGAAGCAUGGAGGAGAAGGAGGGCAGUUGAAGAGGUCCUGCUGAGAAGUGUGAGUGCCCUGGAAGCUUUCAUCAGCCUGUUCCAGCCUUCCUGAGACAAGCAAUGCCUGCGGGGAUGAAUAAGCAUGGAUCUCGAUCGACUACCUCUUUGCCUCCCGAUCCCAUGGAGAUUGUCAGGAGCAAGGCCUGCUCCAGAAGGGUCAAGCUUAAUGUAGGUGGCUUGGCCCAUGAGGUUUUAUGGAGAACACUGGACAGGUUGCCACGGACAAGGUUGGGUAAGCUCAGAGACUGCAACACCCAUGAAUCCCUUAUGGAUAUAUGUGAUGACUACAACUUGGAAGAGAACGAAUAUUUCUUUGAUAGGCACCCAGGGGCAUUUACUUCUAUCUUGAACUUUUACCGCACUGGCAAGCUGCACAUGAUGGAGGAAAUGUGUGCCUUGUCCUUCAGCCAAGAACUGGACUAUUGGGGGAUUGACGAGAUCUAUCUGGAGUCCUGUUGCCAGGCAAGGUACCACCAGAAGAAGGAGCAGAUGAACGAGGAGCUCAAGAGGGAAGCAGAAACAAUGCGAGAUAGGGAAGGAGAGGAAUUUGAUAACACCUGCUGCGCUGAGAAGAGGAAAAAGCUCUGGGACCUUCUGGAGAAGCCCAAUUCUUCUGUAGCAGCCAAGAUUUUGGCAAUCAUUUCCAUCAUGUUCAUCGUCCUCUCUACAAUUGCCUUGUCACUCAACACUCUUCCUGAGCUCCAAGACAAAGAUGAAUAUGGAAACCCCACCGAUAACCACCAGUUAGCCCAUGUCGAGGCUGUGUGCAUUGCAUGGUUUACAAUGGAAUACCUCUUACGGUUCCUAUCCUCUCCUAAGAAAUGGAAGUUUUUCAAAGGGCCACUGAAUGCUAUUGACUUGUUAGCCAUCUUGCCGUACUACGUCACCAUCUUCCUCACAGAGUCAAACAAAAGUGUACUUCAGUUCCAGAACGUGCGGAGGGUCGUUCAGAUAUUCCGUAUCAUGAGGAUACUCCGAAUUCUCAAGCUAGCUCGGCACUCCACCGGUUUGCAAUCCCUGGGAUUUACGCUGAGGAGAAGCUACAAUGAGCUUGGGUUGCUCAUUUUGUUUCUGGCCAUGGGGAUUAUGAUAUUUUCGAGCUUAGUGUUCUUUGCAGAAAAAGAUGAGGAGGAUACAAAAUUCAAGAGCAUCCCGGCAUCCUUCUGGUGGGCAACCAUAACUAUGACAACAGUUGGCUAUGGAGACAUCUACCCUAAAACACUCCUAGGUAAGAUCGUUGGUGGCUUGUGUUGCAUUGCUGGUGUCUUAGUCAUUGCCCUCCCUAUACCAAUCAUUGUAAAUAACUUCUCUGAGUUCUACAAAGAGCAGAAGAGGCAGGAAAAAGCCAUCAAGCGCAGAGAAGCUCUUGAAAGAGCAAAAAGAAAUGGGAGCAUUGUGUCCAUGAAUAUGAAGGAUGCUUUUGCCCGUAGUAUAGAACUGAUGGACAUAGUCGUUGAAAAAAAGGGAGAAAAUACAGGCAAAAAGGAUAAAAUUCAGGACAAUCACUUAUCCCCAAGCAAGUGGAAAUGGGCCAAGAGAUCUCUCUCUGAAACUAGCUCCAACAAAUCUUUAGAGACAAAGGAACAAGGGUCGCCAGAAAAGGCUCGCUCAUCUUCCAGUCCUCAGCAUCUGAAUGUUCAACAGCUGGAAGACAUGUACAGCAAAAUGGCAAAAGCUCAGUCCCAGCCCAACCUCAACAUGAAGGAGUCAGGUCAACCCAACAAGCAAAAGGAAGAAUUAGAAAUGGAAGCUAUUCCUGGCCCUAUGGUGCCUUUGCUGACCACUCGGGCAGAUGGAAUAAUUGACAUGAGGAGCAUGUCAAGUAUUGACAGUUAUAUAAGCUGUGCUACAGAAUUUCCUGACUCCGGGAGAUAUUCUCAUAGCCCACUAACUACGCUGCCUAACAAAGGUGGAAUAAAUCCACUUCAGGAUCCAUAUAGGCCAGAGGGAAGCGGGUCCAAAUUCAUGAGAUAAAACCAAAUCUGGAAAGCAGUCGUUACUCUACGUUUUCAUAGAGAGCCCCAAAAGUACCAUAAAGUCACCAAUCCUCUAAAAUUAAGAUCCCUGAAGGUUAUUAUGGAAGAGGAUGCCAUAGGACCAACAGCAUCAAACGUCCUGAGAAUAUACCCAGAUCCCAUCAAGAGCAAAGGAGCAACAGGAGCAGCUACAGAUAGUUCUGGCCACUCUGAUCGGUCUUUAAUGAGUCCAGAAACCUCUAUCUAUACUACUGCAAGUACCCGAACACCCACAAAAUCCCCCGAGAAGCAGGCAGCAAUAGUUUUCAAUUUCCACGAUGCUGGGAUACAUAAAUAUAUUGACGCCGACACUGAUGACGAAGGUCAGUUGUUGUAUGACUCAAGCCCUCCCAAAGCCCCACCAGGAAACCCAGCUCCCAAAUACAACAUUACACAUGGUGGCUAUUUAAGGCAAAGGGAUAGUGUUUAUAGAACAGAGAAGAACCACUUAGAGACUGCUGCUUUACCCUCCUCACCCAAGCUUAUUGGGCAAAAUUGCCUUUAUUCCAUGGAAAGUAUCACUGGAAGAACCCGUGGUAACCAGGAAACUAUCAAAUUAGAGAACCACAUUUCACCCGAGGUUCACAUAUUACCGGGUGGAGGAGGACAUGGUAACACACAUGAUCAAAAGAUCUGACAUGUAACCCAGAACUUUUGGUGAAAGCUUGAAAGGAAUGCCUUUACACUCAACACACGAAGAAGAGCUUCUGCAUGGCAUGAACUUUUGACUGAAACAAGCCACCUGUUUUUUAAAAGCAAGAGGAUGCCCUCAAGGUGGGCUCAGGAAUAAGUUCUCCUCUAGAUCCACUACAAAGUUGCUGCCCACAGCCAUCAACUGAAACGAAGAUUGUGCUUCUUGGUCAUAAUUUGAUCUCCUUUCGACUUCCUUCAUUGAAGUUAGUGUGACCAAAUAUUCCAUUCACUCCCCCCCCCUUUUGAUGGAUCUCUUAUAUGUGGCAGUAUCAGCAUCCGACACUGCAUUACCCCCCUUUAAAGGAGACCAAGGUGGCCAGAGUCAAAUACUGGAAGAAAUGGUUAGGUGUUAUAAGAGUAAUCAGUGAUGCAACACUUUUUGCAUGAGGGCAACUGUUUCAAACAUCCCCAGCUAUGCCUUCUUCUCUGAGGGAUACAAGGUCUAAAGGUAACAGAAUGGGCUGGUUAAAUUGCGGAUUCAGUGAAUUGAGAAAUAAACUGUUUAAAUUCUCUGUGUGUGCUUAAUACUUCAAGAUUCAUUGAGACCUGAAGUUUUCUUUUUUUAAAAAAGAAAAAGUAACAGCAGGGUGAGUUGCACCACUUGUAUCUAAAUCCAAAACACUCCUUCAAAAUUAUAUCUAAGAAUAGCACUUAAUUACUGCUCGUAGUAACACCAAAACAGAGAUCAGGAAAGCAGGUUUUUAAACUGAGAUUAGAAAGGCAGUUUUCAAACUCAAAAGACAAUGGGAAUGGGUGUGUAAAGGAGGCAUUGUUCCGCUCUUAUUGGUGAGAGGGUUUGGUUGGUAUUCUUAGAAGGGAGCAACCAAGAUGUAGCUGACCCUUUUGUGUGUUGGGGGAAGGCUACCACCCAGAACCACAGCCAUAAUGUAAACGAAAGGACAGUGCAACCCCUGGAGAUUCUGACCAAAGCAUUAAGCUGGGAGUCCAUACUGGCUUUAUGAUCAUCUCCAGCACAAAAGAGGCUGAAGUUAAUAGUAUGAAAAGGGAUUAAAUGUGGGCUCCCAGAAUUAUUUGCACAUCCUUUCAUGGCUUACACCUAAUCUGUUAUCCAUGCCAGAAGAAUCUUUCUGCCACAUUUUGCACUUAAAUAGCGCAGAAUGAAAAGAUAUGCAAGUUUUAAAAACAUAAAUAUGCAAAAAUAAUAACAACAAUCCUAAGCAAUUAGCCUGAUCCUCCUCUCAUUUGGACUGGUGUGAAUCAUAGGAGGCUCCCACUGGAGUUUC